AUGGACGACCCCAAUGCUAGCCAGGUUGACGGGGACGCCUUCAUGUCCCCGACCUCGCUCUCGCCCUUUGAUGAAUACGCCGCCAAUCCCAGAUAUAUCGAGCUUCAAGAGGAGCUGCGAGGCCUGUUGUUUGCAGGCGUAAGUCUCGACCCCAGCAAGAGCGCAACGCCUGAGCCGGCGUCUGAUGAGGCCGAUGACCCUGAACGGACCCCCGUGCCGUCGUCAAAAAGCCUCGACUUCUCAAGAGUCUCGAUACCCAAGAUGAGGCUGGUCAAGUACCUCAAGAACUGGGUCAUUGAAUGCUCGCCGUACCUGGACAAGUUUGAUGAGGCACGGCACUUUGGCAUCCAGGUGCCCCUAUUGGCUCAGAGCUCGCCCGGCCUGUUCUACGCAGUGCUCGCCUUUUCAGCACGGCAGAUGGAGAGAAAGGCGUGUCUAGAAAAGAGCUACGACAGCCUCGAGCUGUACCAAGAGAGCAUCAGGCUGCUGGCUCCAGGGCUGCAGGCCAAGGAUCCCAACAUGCUCGUCACGGCCUGCAUCCUCGCCGUCCUCGAGCUCAUGUCCGGCAGCCCCCGCAACUGGCGACGCCACAUCGAGGGCUGCGCUUCACUCUUUGCCUUUUACGAAGUCACCGGCUUCUCGGGGGGCCUCCUGCAGGCCGUCUUCUGGUGCUACGCGCGCAUGGAGCUCUGCGGCGCCAUCAUCUCAGGCGGCGCCGAGAGCACGGUGCUGAGCCUCGACAAGUGGGUGCCGGCCGUGCCCGAGGGCAUCGGCACCACGCGGGCCCAGGCCGAGGACUUUGUCAAGAGCAUCUUCUACCAAAAGGGCCGCGAGACGCCCGACAUGCACGCCAACUGGGCCGUCUAUCUCUGCGCAAAGGCCUGCGACCUCACGUACCGCCAGGUGAGGCUGCUCGAGCUCGGUGAGGCCGACGAGUCCGACGACCGGCCCCUCGUCGACCGCUGGCAUCGGCUGUGGUCGGAGCUGCAGUUCUGGCGUGACACGCGGCCCAAGUGCCUGCUGCCCAUCAUGACGACGGAGCCGAGCGAGAACCAGAUCUUCCCCGUGAUCCUGUUUGCCCACUGGGCGGCCAUUUCCAGCAACCAGCUCUACCACGCGGCGUGCAUCGUCAUGCUGGAGAUGCGGCCGCCAGGCGAGGCGCUGCCCAACACGCUCGAAUACUCGGCCAUCUGGCACGCGCAGAGGGUCUGCGGUAUCUCGUGGACGAAUCCGCACCGCGGCAAUCUCAUAAAUGCCAUUCAGCCGCUGUACAUUGCGGGCAGGCUGCUGACGCAUCCGAGAGAGCAUCUGGAAGUUGCGAGGAUAUUCAAGAUUAUCGAUAGGACAACGGGAUGGGGCGCCAUUUGGCGGCUAAAAGACCUGGAGGCAGAAUGGGGGUACGAGUCAGGGGAGAUUUUGAGCAUGAUUUGA